GCCACUCCAUUACUUCGAACCCAUCUGUCUCGAAAUGGUGACUGCAGUCUUCUUUGUGCCUUUUCUGGCUCUGGCAACUGCUGUUUCGGCCAAGCCCUUGUCUGGAAUUUCAAAGAGCUUCCAGAGCUCACCUGACGUUCAAUCUAGAGCUACAUCAACGUACUUGCCAUCCUACGAAUAUAUUGUUGUUGGCUCUGGACCUGGAGGUGGGCCUCUAGCUGCUAGAUUAGCCAUUGCAGGACAUUCGGUGCUGCUGAUUGAGGCUGGCGACGACCAGGGCUCGAGUCUUCAGCAACAGGUCCCAGCGCUGAAUUUGGCCUCGACUGAGUAUGCUCCGAUGAAAUGGGACUUCUACGUCAAUCACUACAGCAAUGUUUCCAGACAGACACAGGACACGAAAAUGACUUACAAGACACCUUCAGGCGAUCUGUUCGUCGAGGGUAUCAGCGGCAGCCCGACCCCGCCAACUAACUCUACACCUCUGGGGGUACUGUACCCACGAGCAGGAACACUUGGUGGAUGCGGCUCACACAACGCCCUUAUCACCGUCCUACCGCACGAAAGUGACUGGGUCGGAAUACAGAAACUCACUGGCGAUGAUUCCUGGGCUCCGGGUGCAAUGCGCAAGUACUUCGAGCGUCUCGAAAACGCCAGAUACGCGCCGAGCUCGACAAUUGGUCAUGGAUAUAGUGGCUGGCUAACUACCAGCUUGACCAGCCUUGGGUUGGUAAUCACAGAUCUUAAAAUCAUCUCUCUUAUCGCUGCCGCCGGGUCUGCGAUGGGUAACAGCUGGCUUACAUCGGUUCUCAGCACUUUGCUGGGCCUGGGGCAGAUUCUCGGAAGGGAUCUGAACUCGGGCCAAGCUGGCCGAGAUGCGCAGCAGGGCUUAUUUCAGAUUCCUUUAGCUGUCAAUUCUGGAGUACGCGCUGGACCACGAGAGUUCAUCAUAAGCACUGCAAAUGCAGUUAAUCCAGAUGGGUCUCGGAAGUACAUCCUUGAUAUCCAGAUGAACACCCUUGUGACUCAGGUAACAUUUUCGGGAACAACAGCUACCGGUGUUAAAUAUCUCCAGGGGAAAAGUUUAUACAGAGCUGAUCCUCGGGCUAGCACAAGUGAUUCCGGUGUCCCAGGAAGCGUCAACGCAACGCGCGAAGUCAUUCUCGCAGCCGGAGCCUUCAAUACACCCCAGCUCUUGAAACUCAGUGGGAUCGGUCCAAAGGACGAACUUGCCUCAUUUGGAAUCCCACUUGUCAAAGAUCUUCCGGGCGUCGGCACCAAUCUCCAAGACCGAUACGAAACAAGUGUGAUUGGGAAGACCACCAGCGACUUUGCAAUCAUCAAGGACUGCACAUUCCUCCGAACCUCAAACGAUGCUUGUCUGAGUAAGUGGAAGAAUAACCCGGGAGGAGAUAGAGGAACAUAUGCAACUAAUGGUAUCGCAAUUGCCAUUGUACAGAACUCGUCAACUUCAGCAGGUGACAAUGAUGUCUUGAUCACGGGUGCGCCUGCGAACUUCAUUGGUUACUACCCCGGGUACUCAGGAGACGCUCUGCUUGAUGCGAAGCACUGGGCUUGGAUUACACUCAAGGCACACAGUCGAAAUAAUGCAGGAACAGUGACUUUGCGCUCUGCGGACCCGCGCGACAUGCCGCUCAUCAACUUCAACUACUUCGACUCAGGCACCACGAGCAACAGUGCAGCAGCCAAAGACCUUCAGGCUGUGGUUGAGGGUAUGACGUUCUCGCGCCGCAUUUUCAAGGAUGUCAUCUCCUUCGAUGGGGUGUUUACGGAAGUUUGGCCGGGUCCGGAUGUGACAGGAGAGAAGUUGAAUGAAUUCGUGAAGAACGAGGCAUGGGGGCACCAUGCUUCGUGCACUUGUCCAAUUGGGGCGGAUGGAGAUCAGAUGGCAGUCCUAGACUCCAGGUUCAGAGUGAGAGGCACAAAGGGCUUGAGGGUCUCCGAUGCUUCGGUAUUUCCCAAGAUCCCAGGGUUCUAUAUUGCACUGCCAAUCUAUAUGAUCAGUGAAAAGGCUGCAGAUGUGAUACUCAGCGAGGUUGUAUAAUAUACAAGUAAAUGAAUACAGGAAACGCAUUGUAGCA